AAGGUCCCCCGGUGCGCUCUGAGGGAAGAGAGAGAGGUAGCUCAGGAUCAUCGGGGGAGGGAGAAAACGGUGGGAACGCACUGGCCGGUCGGGGUCGAAGGCUGAAGGAAGAUUAGAGACUUGCUUUAGAACCACAAAAAGAAAGCGAGAGGGCCAGGGUUGCAGCCAGCAUCAUGGCGUGGCCGUGCAUCACGCGGGCUUGCUGCAUCGCCCGCUUCUGGAACCAGUUGGACAAGGCAGACAUCGCCGUGCCGCUGGUUUUCACCAAGUACUCUGAGGCUACGGAGCACCCGGGGGCCCCGCCGCAGCCACCGCCGCCUCAACAGCAGCAGGCGCAGCGGGCUCCGGCUCCCCCCUCGGCGCGCGCGGUUGCCAUAGAGACGCAGCUGGCCCAGGGCGAGGUGGAUGCGGUUGCCCGGGCAACUGGGCCGGCGCCAGCGCCCGGCGGCGAACGCGAGGCGGCGACUGCCCCGGGCCGGACUGGGCCGGGCCCCGGCCUGGGCUCCGGCUCCACCUCCGGUACCGGCCCCGCGGACUCGGUGAUGCGGCAGGACUACCGCGCCUGGAAAGUGCAGCGGCCCGAGCCCAGCUGCCGGCCGCGCAGUGAGUACCAGCCCUCAGACGUGCCCUUCGAGCGCGAGACCCAGUACCAGAAGGAUUUCCGCGCCUGGCCACUGCCGCGCCGCGGGGACCACCCGUGGAUCCCCAAGCCGGUGCAGAUCCCAACUUCCUCCCAGGCUUCCGCACCUGUUUUCAGUGCUCCUAAGCGCCGGCCGCAGAGCCAGGAGCGUUGGCCCAUGCAGGCUACCAUUGAGGCCUCGGAGCAAGAGGCGGCCCCUGGAGGAGUAGGUGGCCCGGCGGCGGGAAAGGCGUCCGGGGGGGACGAUCGCGACACCCGCAGGAAGGCCGGGCCCGCCUGGAUGGUGCGACGGGCCGAGGGGCAAGGGCAGGAGCAGACGCCGCUGCCCGAGGCCCAGCCUCAGGCCGAAACUGGUGGCCCGGCGGCUGGAAAAGCGUCUGGUGGGGACGAUCGCGACACCCGCAGGAAGGCCGGGCCCUCCUGGAUGGUGCGACGGGCCGAGGGGCAGGGGCAGGAGCAGACGCCGCUGCCCGAGGCCCAGCCUCAGGCCGGAACUGGUGGCCCGGCGGCUGGAAAAGCGUCUGGUGGGGACGAUCGCGACACCCGCAGGAAGGCCGGGCCCGCCUGGAUGGUGCGACGGGCCGAGGGGCAGGGGCAGGAGCAGACGCCGCUGCCCUUGGCUCAGGCCCAGGUCCAGGCCGCCGGCCUGGAGAGUGUCAAGGGGCGCGCAGCAGCGGACGCUCUCAACCGGCAAAUCAGAGAGGAGACGGCGAGCGCAGUGGGCAGCUCUUACAGGAAUGAAUUCAAAGCAUGGACGGACAUCAAGCCUGUGAAACCAAUAAAAGCCAAGCCCCAGUACAAGCCCCCAGAUGAUAAGAUGGUUCAUGAAACCAGCUAUAGUGCCCAGUUCAAAGGGGAGGCCAACAAGCCAACAGCAGCUGAUAAUAAGGUCACUGACCGCAGAAGAAUACGCAGCCUCUACAGCGAACCUUUCAAGGAACCCCCAAAGGUGGAGAAACCUAGUGUUCAGAGUUCCAAACCAAAAAAGACCUCAGCAAGCCAUAAGCCCACGAGGAAGGCCAAAGACAAGCAGGCGGUGUCGGGCCAGGCCGCCAAGAAAAAGAACGCAGAGGGCCCCAGUGCCACCAAGCCCGAGGACAAGGAGCAAAGCAAAGAGAUGAACAAUAAACUGGCUGAGGCGAAAGAGAGCCUGGUCAAACCUGCCAGUGAUUCAAGUAAGAAUCGAGGUCCUGUAGCCACAGAGCCAAACAAGGAUCAAGGUCCUGUGGUCCCAGGCCUUCUGAAAGGUCAUGGGCCUGUGGUCCAAGAGCCUCCAAAGGAUCAAGGCCCCAGGACUGUGGUCCCAGGGCCUCCGAAGGAUCUAGGUCCUAUAACUCCAGUACAAGUCAAGGAUCAAGACCAUGUGGUCCAUGAGCCUCUAAAGAAUGAAGGUUCUAUGAUCUCAGUACCAGCCAAGGACCAAGUUCCUUUGGUCCCAGUGCCUCUAAAGAAUCAAAGUCCUAUGGUUCCAGCAAGAGUUAAGGAUCAAAGUCCCAUGGUACCAGAGUCUCUGAAGGGUCAAGGUCCUGUGGCCCCUGAGCCUGUGAAGAAUCAAGUCCCUGUAGUCCCAGCACCUGUUACGGAUCAAGAUUCCAUGGUCUCAGCAUCUGUCAAGGAUCAGGGUCCCAAGGUCCCAGAGCAUCCGAAGAAUCAAAGUGCCAUGACCACAGCACCUGUAAAGAAGGAAGGUCCCAUGGUAUCUGAGUUUAUAAAGAAUCAAAGUUUUGUGGGUCCAGAGCCAGUCAAGGAUCAAGAUGUAUCGAUCCCAGAGCAUCUGAAGGUUCAUGAUUCUGCACCCAUAGCACCUGUAAAGAAUCGUGGUCCUGCAGUCCCUGAGUCUGUGAAGAAUCAAAGCCCUACUGUCCCAGCACCGGUCAAGGAUAAGGAUCCCAUAAUUCCAGAGCCUCCAAAGAAUCAAGGUCCUGUGUUUCCUGAGCCUGUGAAAAAUCAAGUUCCUAUAAUCCCAGGGCCUCUGAAGGAUCAAGAUUCCUUGGUGCCAGCACCAGCAAAGGACCAAGGUCCCAUAGUCCCUGAGCCUCUUAAGACUCAAGGUCCCAAGGGCCCUCGGCUGCCUAGUGUCUCACUUCCUCCUCCAGUCGUGAUCCCAACUGUCCCCCAUGCAGAAUAUCUUGAGGGUUCCCCUUGAUAUGCACCUCUUGACAUGCCAAUGAAGGAGCUGGCAGUGAAAGUGUUCCCCUCCCGGAGUAGUGAGGCACUUAUUUAAUCUGCAUGAAACAUGUACCGUAGUCUUGCUGUAAUCUAAUAAAUCUGAUCCUCUGGCUC